UGAGACGUCAAUCAAUUCAGACGAGAAAAGAAAAAGAAUAAAUAUAAAUAUAAAUAAACAUGAACAAACAGUUUUUCGUGACAAUUUUGAUUUUCGCAAUUGCUGCAACUACCGCCAAUGCAGCUUGUGCUGAACGUAAAGAAGGAGACUCUGAUUUUAUUGAAGAUGCAAAAUGUUCACUGACAAAGGCAAAGGACACAGUUUCUGAUGGAUUUUCUGAUUUUGUCGCAAACGAAAAGGUUCAAGGUGCAGUCAGUUACAUAUCAAAUAAGACAGCAGUUGCAUCAGAUGUUGUAAAAGAAGCAGCUACUAAGACAGGUGGAUUUUUGAGUACUGCAUGGGGUAAAUUCACUGAAUCAAGUAAGACUGGAUAUGCAGCUGUCAAAGAUUUUGUACAAGGUAAAAAAGAGUCUGAUGUUGAAGGCAUUGUUGCUGUUCGAGGACUCGACGAAUCAACGCCGCGUACAUAAAAUUGACAAAUUGUUUUAUAAUUCUCAUGUACAUUUAUGCUUAUUGUGAGCC